AUGUUUACUCACACCCUUUUCCUUGCACUUGAGUAUUUUUCAAUAUAUUUGGAAUAUGCCCAACGACAGAUGCCUAAAAAGAUAAAACAGAACAGAACACAUAACACGGGCUUGUAUUUAUUUGUUAAAAUAUCUAUCGUAGUACAAAAAGAUAUUUUCGCAGCGUGGGGAGGGGUGCGGCACGGCAGAGCGGCGGCAGACGAGCGACAGCACCGGCCGCAAGACGGAGAGCGCGCGGCAGCCGGGGCCCGUGCUGCGCGCCGUGGGGCGGCCCGCGGCCGGCCCGCGGCGGCGCUGGGUCCCGCCAUCCACGCUGCGGCACCACGAGGUGUCCGACGGCGACGCCAAGCACGAUGUCAUCUUCCGCAAGGUGCGCGGCAUCCUGAACAAACUGACUCCAGAAAAGUUCCAAAAGCUGAGCGAUGA